AUGGGGCGGUCUCACUCGUUUCGGUAUCGACGGAGGCGGAGCCGCUUGAGGACAGCCGCGGCGGCUGCGGCAUUGGCUGCAUCUCUCGUGGCCGGCCAGGAAGCCGUUGUUGACCCAUCAGAGCACACGGGUAACCGUGGGCAAACUCAAGACCAAGGACGGGUGGACUCUGUGCCACGGCAAGGUCCUGGGAAGGGGCCAGAAGGCGACACUCUGUACAAAGGGUUCAGUGCUUACGGCAUGAGAGACGUCGGUGAGGAGUGCACACCCAGCCCUCUCUGGGUCAAAGACGUCGAUGCGUCGAGCUAUGAGCUGGGGUGCGAAGACAUCGAGGAUAUGCUGGCAAACAACACGAGACUCGUCGGGGAGGGCCGUGUACGAAAAGUGUACUUGGCAGAGUACGGGGAACAAACGGUAGCUGUGAAGGUACUCCAGCACCAAUCGGAUACUCGCUUGCAGCAGAUCGAGGUGGCAACCAUGGAUGCGGUCAGGGGCAAUCCACACAUCGUUCAAACACUGGGCAUUUGCAACACCACGGUGGUAACCGAGGCCUACAUGCUGGAUAUUCAAUCCGCUGUGCGCAAGCGCAUGACGGCUCUACCGAUCGGCGAGGCCGUCACGAUGUCCUUGGACGCCGUGAGAGGCCUGCAAGCCCUCCACGAGGCUGUCGGAGGCCCAAUCGUACACUUCGAUAUCAAACCAGCCCAGCUUCUGGUGACCGGCAACGGGCGAGUGAAGCUAAACGAUUUUAACGUUGCCUGGUUCAUGAGCCGACGGCCAGACGGGAAGCCGUGUCCGUUCAAUAUGCUGGCCCAAAUACGGAAUAGCGGCCCCUGGAGAGCUCCCGAGUACCUCACCCGAAAGGACCGAAUGGCGGCAGAUUCAUUACGCCGAUGGCGUUCAUUGAUGGAAUACGCUGGGGACAACCAGGAAGACGCUGAGGACAACCAGGAGCCCAUGACGGAGAAAAUAGAUAUCUACAGGAUGGGUCUAGUUUUGCGAAAAUUUGUAGCUGGGGAAGGCAUGCGCAUACCAGGGGCGCGGGAAGCUAAGGGUGCUAUCCCCGUUUUCCGCACAACGUGGCACAGGAGCUACAGUGAGAUCGUUCAAGACAUGAUUGCGGUGGAGGCCACGCAAAGACCGUCCGCUCGCGAAGUCUCUAAGCGGUUAGAGGUGAUCCUGCAAGGGCUACCCCAAGUCCCCUAGACAACAACAACACAUCAUUUUGGUGCCCAACCGUUUCAAGCAAGUGUGGUUGUGCACCUAGACUUGUCCCAGGACGGCCGGGUUCUGAGAGAACGACUCUGAUCCUCCAUGCUGUUGUGUCGACUUUGUUGUCGUCGUUGUGGCCGACGUUCGCUGCAGUUCACUAAUGUAGGCAUGAGCCGUCGUGCAAAACGGAUGCUGAAAGCCUUGUCUGUAGCUUGAUUUGAGAUUGCAUGCGUCCGUGAAGACGUGUCCGGCCGGAGAGAGAGACGAAAUGAGUCCGCUCGCCAGUGAAGUCCCUGUAGUCGCGGAAACUACUCAAGAACUCGAUGACCGUU